AUGGCUGAUGCAUUAUCAAAUGGUCAUAGAAAAGGAAUGGAACGUAAUGAAAAGAAGACAUUUGUAUUUGGGUCAUCGACACCACGUGACCUCUCAUACAUGUGUAAUAUACCCGUAACGUUACGUGCUUACGAUUCAAAAAUUGAAUCAGUAAAGCGGUCAAAGGAUCAAACAUUGUCACAUUAUAUGCGACAGGCACGAUCAAUCAUCUGGCUAGGACAUUUCCAUAUGGCUGGCCAGUUCAGACUUGUGUUUUUCAUUAGUUCGGCUAUUAGGUUGCACUGUUUUCGUGUUUGCUUGGAAAUUCCAAAGGCUUGGCAACCAUUGCUAUUUCAGUCCAAAUGUCUUUGA